AUGUUUGGAGAAUUUCUUUUCCCGGCAAACUGCAGUGUCAAUAAUACCAGUUUUCAAACCGAGAGACUGAUCAGCAGCUUUUGGUCUUCGACGCCCAGGCAGUUGGAAAUGGCGUUGAAGGAUUUUCUGUUCAUUAUAAACACAUUUUUCUUUCUUUUUUCUUCCUUGUUUCUUUUUAUUUUUUCCUUUAUUUUUUCUUUCUUCCUUUUUCUUUCUUUUUUCUUCCGUUCAUUUUUCUUUUUUUCUUUUUUCUUCCGUUCUUUUUCAUUUCCUUCUUUUUUUUCCGUUCUUUUUUCUUUCUUUUUUUCUGUUCUUUUUCUUUUUUCUUUCUUUGUUCUUUUUCGUUUUUCUUUGUUUUUUCUCUCUCUUUCUUAUUCUUCCGUUCUUUUUACUUUCUUUUUUCUUUCUUUUUUCUUCCGUUUCUUUUCUUUCUUUUUUCUUUCUUUCUUUUUUCUUUCUUCCAUACUUUUUUCUUUCAGUUUUCCUUUUAUUUUUCUUUCUUUCUUUCUUUUUUUUUUUCUUUGUUCUUUCUUUUUUAUUAUUAUUUUUCUCCCUUUCCUUUUUUUUCUUUCUUUUACUUUUUUCUUUCUUUUAUCUUCCUUCUUUCUUUUUUCUUUGGUCUUUCUUUCAUUUUUUACUUUCUUUCUUUCUUUUUAA